UCUGGCCGCAUUGCUUCCGGAGACUUUUGGGAGGCAGGAGCCAUUAAUUAAGAAGAAGUGUUACUAACUUACUACGGAUCUGCCAUUGCCGCGCUAUAGUAUAAUGUGACGAUAUUGCAUGCAGAGAGAAACGAGGAGUUUCUCGGCAGAGGAAGUUUCUUUAGAGCGAUUGUGUGGACGAUUUGGGACUAUUCAUUAUUAUUUUUAUUAGAGCUGUACAGGCGGUGCGACUCUGAUAAACGGACACAACACGAGCAACCCAAGAAUCCCAGGACAAUGAUCCGCCAAGCGUGAUCCGCGGGAUCCGCCAAGCGGCAAUUACAGUGACUACGGUUAACGGGUUGUCGCAUCGCGUCGUCUCACCUUCCAACUCCGUAACGUGCGGUCGAUGUGAGUUCUGUGACUGCUUCUGUGCCUGGCUCCGUCAAGACAGCGGACGCGCACCGUGCGAUAGAAUACGUCGCGAAACGACACAACUCGCGAAACAAGACGGUAUUGCAAAAUCGAUGAAGAGAGCGGGUCGGAACGGAUCGAGCUGAAAGAUUUAAUUGGAAGUUCCGUGAGAAAGACCAAGCUAAGCGUAGCAUUCAUCAGUUCAAUCUGGUCGCUCAAAUCGAUUUUUAGGAAGCAGCUUUAUAAUUAUAUUACAAAAAUGACCGAAUAUAUUGAACAAUACAUCUUUUCUUCAAAUCAUUUGCAACGAAAAUCACCAAUAAAGUCUCACAUAUGUAUCGAAGAACAAGACGAAGUUGAUAAUGGAUCAUCGAUAUCUUUAGAUUAUCGAUUUGAAUCCGCUCGUUUGGCCAGCUUUAAAAACUGGCCAUGUUCAUGGACAAAGCCAGAGGAACUCGCGGCGGCUGGAUUUUUUUAUACUGGUGAAAGCGACAAAGUGAAAUGUUUCGAAUGUAAUAUAGAAAUAUGUCAAUGGCGGGAAGAAGACAAUCCAAUGGUUGAUCAUCAGCGAUGGUCUGGAAAAUGUAGGUUUAUUCGUAAAAUUCCAUGCGGCAAUGUGCCGAUCGGUACGGAUCCUGGUGAAAUUCCGGCACCUGUUCCUAAAGGAAUGGAUGUAUGUGGACCUUAUGGUUCAAUAUACAUGCCUUUUUCCGGUCCAGAUCAUGAAGAGCGAGAAAUUGAAGAAAGAGUGAAUUCUAGGUUGAAAGAGUUCGCAUCAAGACCGAAGCAUCCCGAAUACGCUAGUUAUGCUGCUAGAUUAGCAUCGUAUGAUAGAUGGCCUAAAGCAAUGUCACAAACUAAAGAAGAACUAGCAACUGCUGGUUUCUAUUACACUGGAAGUGGCGAUCAAACAUUAUGCUAUCAUUGCGGUGGAGGAUUAAGGGAUUGGGAGCCAAAUGAUGAUCCUUGGGUGGAGCAUGCCAAAUGGUUUGAAUACUGUCCUUAUCUGCUUUUGACUAAAGGAAUGGAGUUUGUGAGCAACAUUACUGGGAGAACAUAUAUCGGAACAGAAAACAUACCAGCUGCAGUUAAUAAAUUGGAUGAAAAAUUAGAGAAAGCUGAUAGUGAGAGUAUUGCUAGUGGAAGUUCUCAAAAUUCAAUCAGUUCUGAAAUAACUAAUGAUAAUACAGAAGCAAGUGCUGUAUCAGGUGAAGCUAAAAGCGAGGAACAAUCUGUCCAAUCACAGGGUGACAAACCAUGCGACAAGGAUGCAAGAUUAUGUAAAAUUUGCUUUAGUAGAGAAGUACGGAUCGUAUUUAUGCCAUGCGGACAUUUAUUGGCGUGCGCAGAGUGUGCGAAAAAUAUGAAAAUAUGCGGCGUAUGUCGUAAGAAUGUUGAACUUACUGUACAAGUGUACAUCUCAUAGUGUCUUUAUCCUUGUGAUAAAUAAUCGGUGGAUUCUGGUAAAAUUUUCUACUUAUCAUCAUUAUAAAGACUGACACUUUCAAGCAAAACUAAAUGACAUGACUCAUGUAGCAUACCGAUUAGCAGGUACAAACUAUAUAACGUUGAAUCUCUUGUUAAUAAAAUAUUAACUUUUCACGGUUAUUAUGAUCUCAAUAGAAAGGAUAUUCUGUUGUAAUAUUAACCAGUGA